AUGUGCGCUCCCGAAGCGAUCCUGUCCUGUUUGAUUGUAGCAGGCAAGAUCGUUAUGUUGAAGUUUUGUGAUGUGGUGACAAUGUUCGAGAACAAAAUGCUCGUUGCCGGCCAAGUGAACAGUGGACAGUUUGACUUUCAGAAGACUAUCGAUGUACCGAUCGCGAAUUUCAGCAGUAUGACACUGUUAACGCCAACAACGCCGGGCAAUUUGAAAGAUCCGGUUUAUUUUGGUGAAAUGUGUCCUGAGGUGAAAAUGUGCUACGGUGAUCAACUGAAGUGUUCGUUUUCCCCCGCUUCAUCCAGCCAAGCAUCGUCGUUUGAUGAAAAUACCGGCGGUUUUAUUAAUGAGUUUCCGGAGUUUAUCAACGGUAUUGGACAGGACAGUUAUCCGAGAUUGAACAAUCAGUCAACCUGUGGUGUGCAGCAGAAAGCGGAAGAUAUUUACUUCAAAUUUGAUCCGGAAGACAUCGAAAAGUUGCAGUCCUCAGUAUGCAUGUCCCCAGCGACCACAAUCGCUACUCCCUUGACCUGUAAUAGUUUGGUUGAUUCCGAGUACUACAACUUUAAUGAUAUCAACUGUCAAUCGAAGAACCAAAGCCCAUGCUCAUCUCCUCCGCUGGAUCCUUGGAUUACGUCCUCGCUGUCUUUGAACUACUCCAAUCUACCGGCACCGAAUUCGUCGCACUCUCCAAAGCAUAGCAACGUAAAUGGUCCAUCCAGUCAAUUCCAGCAGUUACCAUCGAUCAAAGCAGCUUUCGGCAAUUCCAUUCAGUUCGAUGACAGACACAACUCGCAAGCCAACAAUUUGAUUGAUUAUUUCGAUACAAGCUUCCUAGAUCAGUUCAAUCAAAAUGUUGAUAUCGGCAGUAACUCCAGCGCCAGUGCAGCCAACAGCGUUAACGACGCCUAUCAGCACCCGGAAGAAAACUACAACAAUUCAACGGUGGUGGACAAACCGAACCGAGAGUUCAAGAAUAUCUGGUACCCAGACCCGGAGAAGUCGAUUGUCAUAAAACGUGAAGUGCUCGGAGAGGCUCAACACGAAGAGGACACGGUAGAAAACAACGACGAUGACGACAACGGGGACGACGACAACAAUAAUCUCGACGAGGAACCGUUGGAGUGUCUCUGGCUGGACUGCAACCUGAAGUUUCCCAACCAGGGCAGCCUGGUAGCACACAUCGAGAAGAAACAUGUCGAGGUUAAGAAGGGCGAGGAAUUUGCCUGCUACUGGCUGGACUGUCCCAGGCGCUUCCGGCCGUUCAACGCACGCUACAAGCUGCUGAUUCACAUGCGCGUCCACUCCGGCGAGAAGCCGAACAAGUGUCCGUUCUCCGGUUGCGAAAAGGCCUUCUCCCGGUUGGAAAAUCUCAAAAUCCAUCAGCGUUCCCACACCGGCGAACGGCCCUACAACUGUCAGUAUUUCGGCUGCACGAAAGCGUUCAGCAACAGCUCGGACCGGGCGAAACAUCAGCGCACCCAUUACGAUACGAAACCCUACGCCUGUCAGCUGCCGGGCUGCUCGAAGCGCUACACGGACCCAUCUAGUCUCCGGAAGCAUGUUAAGAAUCACGCCUGCCGAACGGAAGGCCAACCCCGGCGCAAGUCUCACAGGGAGUCCACAGUUGGUUCCUCGCCGGUAAAAGUGUCUGGCAGCACUAUCAGUACCCUUCGGCGGCACUCGGAAUCGUCACUCGCUAGUCAGCAUCAGUUGGACCUGCCGGGAACUCCUUCCGCUGCGGACCCUUCGGAGCAUGUGUUCGAGUUCGACGAAGUAUUCGAGGAUACACCUGGUGCAUUGGCGGCACUACCGGAGCCCGAACCCAGUCCAGUAGUGACCAUGACUCCGACCAGUGUGAACUUUGGCGACAUGUCCAACUGUUUUAUGCAGAUGAGUUCUGGCGUUGGAAACGUCAGCUGCCAGGAUGAGUACAUUUCGUACGAAUGUGUGAGAAAUUUUCUCGCCGAUGGAAAUUACCUGGAAACCGGGUGUGCCAUGGAGCAAGGGGCUCCGGGUAGUGAAGCAUCGGGCAAGUCGAUUUCCUCGUUCGAAUAUGAUUUUUUUAACAGCGUUGUUUAACUUAGCACCGUUGCUUGUGGACAUCGAUGAUUCCAAACCAAAGAUAAAUUUUCUUUUAUUAGAGUGUAAGAUCUGCUAGACCAUUGUAGAAUAAUGUUAGUUCCGGUGAGAAUUCCGUACUUAGUUUGGUUCGCUUCAAUAGGAUAGAACUUGUUUUUUUUUCUCCAAUAUCUUCCAAAACUUUAAGUUUACAACCGCUUUACUUAGGGUUACGUUUUUGACCAAAUUGAAACUCAAGCCAAUCCAAAGGACAUUACCAAAAUCGACUAGGUUCGUAAGAGUUGCACUUAGAGAGACUCGUACUAGAGUGUUAGAUAAGGAUAUUCACGUAUACCAAAUUUUACUGUUAUCGACUUGUUAGAACUUUUAUUGAUUGAGCAGAUUACAUGCUGUAAAAUUAAAAAAAAGACAUGCUUCCAUAUACUGUAGAAUUUAGCGAAGUUCAAAAAAGCGAUUGUGAUCACGUGUUGGCAUUUCCUUUUGGACCCUCCCUUGUCCGGCUGGUUAGAUCGGAGUGCAGUGGGCUGUACAUAUUCUUCUCGCAGACAAAAUGAUCUC